AAUCUCUUUGGUCCGGGAAGCAGAAUUAUUGUGACAACUCGAAACAGAAGAGUACUUGAGAAUGCAGGGGCUCAUAUAUAUGAGGUGAAGCAUUUGCAUGCUCAUGAAUCGCUUCAGCUGUUUGGGAUACAUGCAUUGAAAAACUGUCUUCCGCCUGAUGAUUAUUUGGAUCUAUCGGGUGUCGCCGUAUCAUACUUCAAGGGAAGCCCUUUAGCUAUAAAGGUCUUGGGAUGUGCAUUGCUUAAUAAGCAACAAAGUUAUUGGAAGAGCUUCCUGUCUGAAUUGGAGAGAAAUCCAAAGCUAGAAAUUCUUGAUGUUCUUCGAAGAAGCUACAACGAGCUUGAAAUUGUCAAGAAAAGAGUAUUUUUGGAUAUUGCUUGUUUUCUUCCAGGAGUUCUGAAAUCUAUAGUGAUUAAAUUUUUUUCCACUAGUUACAUAGAGGAUUUAAUUGAGAAAUCCUUGAUUAGCUAUGUCUUCAGCAAAGGUGUAGAGAGGAUUGAGGUUCAUGACUUGCUAAGCGAAAUGACUUGGGUUAUAGUUAAUGAGGAAUCAAAAUUUGAAAAUCGCAGUAGAUUGAAGAAUGCUGAUGAUGUUUACAAGUUAUUGGCAGUCAGAGAUAUCAAAAAUAUCAAGAAGAUUCAGUAA